UUUCCAUGCGGCCUGGAAUCGAGGCUAUGCUCUUCUCUGCACAUACCUCUUGGUGGCCGGCCAAAGCUGAUUCCAGAUGUCCUCCCAAAGUGAUGACGGUAUGCCUCCUCCUCCACCUCCUAAGUGGGCCAGGAAAAGGACAGAUCUUGAAUACCAAGCUGAAGAAAACUUGAGGUUUGCUCAAAAAUUUAACCGUUUCAAUGAUUCUUUGAGGUCCAGCAAAAUCAACGAUGAUGGUUUUCUUGCGCUCAAUUUACCAUAUGGCGGCGAAAUUAAAAUUUAUGUUCGAGAGUCGUAUAAAAUCCUACAUGACUUAAUACACCAUCAGUAUGCAGGAAAACACAUCAUUAUAUCAGGAAACCCUGGCAUUGGCAAGUCAUGGUUUUCUUUAUUCGAGCUGAUCAUGUCGCUAAAGAAUCUUUCGACGUCACCGUAUACAGCCAUUGUCUAUGAGAACCCCAACUUGGGUAUAAAAUGUGUCUUCAAUGAAGACGGCUAUCAAUCUAGUGAUGAGAGCGUGGCUUUGGCCUUGUAUAGUUUCUGUACUUUAUUUUUAUACGAUUGUUCAACAAAUGGAAAAGAGCCUACUCUUCUUUCCAAUGCAAUAACGAUUGUCUACACCUCACCGAGAGAGAGUAACUAUAAGAACUUUCAGAAGCAAAAGAAACCUCUCAAAUGCUUAUACAUGCCCACAUGGACUGUGGACGAGCUCAAGAAGAUCGCACCAGUUGAUAUGGAUGUUUCAGAUAGGUUCCGUGUUUGGGGUGGUAUUCCUCGGUACAUUCUUGAUGAAGACCUUGAUCAAGCGGUAUUGCACCGAGCAGUUAAUGCAAUUAAAGAAGUGAAAAUAUACGAACUAGCAUUCAAAUCUGGGGGUGAUGAAACUAUUGGCCACAAAAUAUAUCAUAUGGAUGUAAGCAGCGAUUACACCUCAUACGAUACAUCAUUUGCCUCGGAGUUCAUAUUGGAAUAUGUUAUGCAGAAAAUAGAAAUGAGUUGUUAUGUACAUGCAGUCGAUUUCAUCAACACUUAUGCAUCAGGUGAUGCCUGUGUUGGACAACUGUUUGAAGCAAUCUCACACGGACGACUUAAAAAGGGUGGAAAGUUUUUAACCCGAAAAUUGGGGAGCGAGGAAGAAAUGCCGUUGACGCUAAAAGAACCCGAAUUCGUUUUGUUUGAAGAUCUCCAAAAUUUCCAAACAAAAACCAACAAACCCAAAUACCUAUUGCCGAAGAGUAAGACGUUUCCAUCUGUCGACUCUAUAUGGGUUGAUGGAGAAGAUAUGGUUUUGCAUUUCAAAUAACUAUAAGCAGAAAACAUAAUUUGAAAAAGGAUGGUCUGUUCACAGUCAGAGAUGCAUUGAAACUAAAGACGCUUCGAGUGUAUUUUGUGUUACGUCCAACAGAGUACAGCAACAAAAGUAUGAAGGAUCAAAGGAGGUUCUUGCUAAUCAAGAUCUCCCGCAAAUUGAACAGUGGGCCCUGAAAAAAUGGACUUGACUCGAGCUCCUGACUUUAAAUGAACACUAGGAGACAGAAUAAGUCAGUCUGCUGUUAUACAUUUGUACAAUUUACUCUAACAGAUAUUGGAAUUAAUACGUACAUGCAUGAGAUUAUAUAUAUUUUAUCGAGUAAAUGAGAAUUCUAGGUGUGGCAUAGUAUUGCAGUACAUGUCUUGGGCAUUAUGCAGGGGGUGUGGUUCUGACGUCAUUAGGCCCUGCUAAGAAAGAUAAAU